CAUGGCCGGACUACGAGGCCUCGUUGAAGGGGAAUCGCAUCGCGUUCAGCAAAAUAUCCACUCUUCAGUCCUCCAUGCCAGGCACCUCGCUGCUGGAACAACAUGCAGCCUUUGUCUGACAGAACAUGUCUUGCCUUGUCCAACAAGAGGACUCUGCUCACAUCCGCGCAACUGCAAGUACCACAACACUCCAUUUAAGAUACACCGACCUUGCCCCUCACAGAUAUGCGAUGACUUUCGGGAUAAAAUACGCGCUGUCCACAGAUAUAGUGGACCGUCCUGGAAGAAUACCAAAGCCGACCAAUGGUGUACGAACCAUUGGCAAAUAGCCAAAUGCUUUAUGCCACCUGACGGCUAUCACGACGUGACGUCAUACGACGAGACAGACUUCAAUGGUAUCAUAAGCGUUAUGAUCAACUGUACGGAGUUCGAACGGCACAUGUCGUUCCCUAUUGGCAACCAACCCAACCCCUUAACUGAGGCUCGUGUGAUAGGCCGCAAUAUUCGCCAUUCCCCGGAUCUCAAGGUGACAGACACAGACCUAGCUGACUACUUCGCCACUCUGAACGCGCUUCUGACAGACUCUACAUUUCUGGUCAGUGACAAGGAUGCCCAGCAAGGUGUCCUUAAACUGCAACAGCUUGAAAAAGGCACCCUUCCAAUAACGACUGAAGAAGUACGUGCACUACUAGAAGAAGCUAGAGCGACGGUAGAAACUGGCAUAGAAUCUGGCAAACGUCAGUUAGUGGAGACUGCGGAAACAGGAAAGAAAGAUAUAGAAGGCGUUGUGUUGCAGGGUAAGACUGCCAUAGAAUCAGGAACACGUCAGCUAGUGGAGACUGCGGAAACAGGAAAGAAAGAUAUAGAAGGCGUUGUGUCACAUGGGAAGCUACAAUUCGAAGAUGUAAUGAAAACAGGAAAACGCAAUCUAGAAGGCGUUGUGACGCAGGGGAAGCUUCAUUUAGAAGAUGCAAUGACAACUGCUAGGGUAGUCACGGAGAGAGGGAAACUCGAGAUUGAAGACGCAGUGGCAAAGAGUAGAGACACUGUUCAAGUUGGUAAACGGGAGUUGGAAGAGGCCUUGCAGAAGAUAAAAGCUGUUUCUACCCUGUCAGAGGCGGAACAACGAGAAGAUCUACGUCAACGGCUAGUCAAGUAUUACCAGAAGCAGCUCAACAGCGCGCCCAUAUCGCCCCUGCUGUCGGACAAGGACGAGAGACUGGAAAAGUUUUACGUUCCACCGAAGAUCGAGGAGAAAGACCACAGAAGACUUGGAGACGAUCAACAACAAAAUGGUUCUCCUAUUUCCUCUUACAAACAGAUUUUCUGUAAAGAAAAGGGUUUGGCCAACACCGUUUUCGUAGUUGGUGAGGCGGGUAUGGGGAAAUCCUCAUUUUCCGCUAUGUGCACCAUAAAGUGGGCAUCACAGUUCUCCGUGUCGUGUAGAGACGCUGGAGGAAUGGGUUUAGAUCAAGAUAGAGAAGGGAAGACUUCUCUUAAACGGCCGCUAUUGAACAAAAAAUGUUUUAAUCAGAGAAUAACGACGGAAUUGGUUAUACUUAACUCUUUCGUAAUAAGAAAAUAUAAUGUUGUAAGAGAAUUUCAAGAAUUAUACGAUUCAUUGUCUGAUGAUGGUCGAUCGUUUGUACUUUCUCAUGAGGAGGAAUUUUGUGAAUUAUUGUCACAACCCAAGUAUGAUCUUUUUCAAGAUGAGGACACUCUUAGAGACAUCGAGUUUAUGUUUCACAUUAAAUUGCGGGACUGCUGUGAAUCCUGCGAACUGUCCGACAUGAUUCGAGAUCAGCUGAUCAACAUUAUUUAUCGUCCAGAUGAGAUGGCCGCUGGCUACUCCACUAUGAUAAGUGUGUUGUCAAACCGAAAGUGCGUCGUCAUAGCAGAUGGGCUGGAUGAAUGGACGCAUCCUACUGAAACAAAGUGUUCAUGUUUGUUAGAAGACAAAGCUAUCCCUCAUUUAUCGCAAACGUUAGAUGCAACUGUGUUGAUUACAUCGAGACCCUGGCGAUUGUCCCAAAACCGCGUUAAAGACACCAAAAUAGACAAAUACCUAGAAAUAAAGGGAGUAGCUAGCACACCGCUAUUAGUUCAGAAAACGCUGGUUUGCCUUAAUGAAAAAGUAGCAGAAGAGAGAAUACGUAUUGAUUUUAUCCGAUUUGUUGCCAGAAGUAGACUGGCGCGUCUACUCUCAGUUCCUAUCAUUGCAUUGUUGCUAGUUUGUAUGUGGUUUGAGGGAGUACAUGAAUCAUUUUCCCUAUGUGACAUAUACGCAUACAUGUUGGACAUGAUGUUUGGGAGAAAAUCGCUUCCUGUGCUUAGUGUUUCGCCCGAACCCACUCCGUUGCUACAAUGUUUCAAGCAAACUAAACAUGUACGAAACUACUACAAUAUCGUAUUGAAGCUGGCACAGCUUGCAUUCGAUAAAUUGUUUUCGAUGGAUCGAAAGUCCUCCCUUGUGUUUCAAAAUGUUGACUGUUUGACACAAGAGGAGCUCCUGUUCGUUCUGAAAUCGGGUAUCAUGCGAGAAACAAAGUCGCAAUCUUUAAUAAGAAAAUCAUCGAGUUUCUCAUUUAUCCACAAAACUGUACAGGAAUUCCUUGCUGCAGUUCACAUUGCGCACCAUGCCGAGGAGAUACAAAGAGUAAUUAAGCCAAAUUACUAUGAAACAUUUCAGGAGUAUUUAGCUUCAGAUAACCAAUUAAAGGAAAGUUCAAUGUCUGAUGUAUCGCAGGUUUUUAUCUUCAUGUGCGGUCUAAAUAGUAAAGUUGCACAAGAUAUGUCUGCUAUGAUGUCAAUUAUUGUAAUGGAAAUGACCAUGUACGAUAAUUGGAAUAUCACAUUACAACAAACACUUUGUGCUGGUUAUAGAGAGGCAUUGGCCAACAAUGUACAGAAUAUUCAACUGGAACUAAUGUGCCUUAAGAUUGAUCCUGAUACUAGAGAUUUGUCAACCUUAAAGACCUUGAUAUCGAUGAACAAGUCUCAGCUACGUCAAAUAACUAUCUUCGGAGAAGAGGAUGAGUUCAGCGAGGAGGAGCUCCAGGCGUUGUUUAUCAGCUCAAAGAACACUCUCACCCAUGUGAAAAUAGGUACCCGUGCUGGACAGUAUGACCUUUCUGCGUGCUGCCGUCUACAAUAUUUGACAAUAUCUAGGUCCGAUUUGCGAAUAUUCGGGCCCGAUACAUCCAAUAUCACGAUUGAUACGAGUAGUUUAGUUGAGUUGAAGUUAUAUGAUGUUUCGGAAAAGGUUGAAAGAAGUAUUUUACAGUCAUAA